AUGAUGCCGCCAUCGCCAGUGCGAAUCCGCGCGCCUGGCGAUCCGCACGCGCGCGGGCGAAGAAAGGCGCGCUCCCGCCGCGUCGCGCGAUCUCCGUCCUCCCCGUCGCCGCCGUCCGCGAUGGAGUUCGAGAUCACGACGACGAAGACGCGCGACGCCGGGGGCCUCGUUCCCGGCCGCCCGGGGGCGGCACCGCCGAUCGUCGUCGCGCCGUCGUCCACCGCGGCGGGUCGUAGCGUCCCGGGCGGAUCCUCCUCCGCGCCGUUCGGCACGGACGGCGGCGACCUCGCGACGGCGACCGCGCCGAAGAUGGCGGUCGCCGCGACGCCGGAGACGAUCGCGCGGAGCGUCUACGUCGACGGCGUGUCGCCGUCCGUGACGGACGACACGCUCAGAGAAUUCCUGCAGUGCUGCGGCGCGCUGUCGUCGCUCACGCCGACGGGGGGCGGCGCAGCGAUGGCGACGGCGGUGGGCGACGCGGUGUCGCGGCAGUACGUCGCCGUGUACGAGGACGCCGCCGCGGCGAAGAGCGCGCUCGUCCUGAACAACAUGACGCUCGUGGACCGCGUCAUCUCUGUCUCGACCACCCCCGGCGGCGCGCGGACCGCCCCCGGAGGCGCGUCCUACCAGCCGUCCCGCGAGCAGCUUCUGCAAGCGCAGCAGGUGGCGAUGGCGCAGCAGGCGGUCAUGGAGGACCCGAUCGCGCUCCUCAAGCAAGCCGCGGCGAAGCUCCCGGAGUGGCUCCCGAAGGGCUUCAAGCGAUGCGCGUUGUUCGUUCCCAUUCCGCACAUGAUCGCGUGCGCGCGAGCCGCGGCGGAGGCGCACGUCGAAUACCGCGAGGAGCGCGAGAAGCAGGGCGGCGCGGAGGACACGAGCGACGUCGCGCGGACGGUGUACGCUGGGAACGUGAACAGCAGCAUCACGGAAGACAUGCUCGCGGAUUUUUUCAGCGUCGCGGGCGUGGUCACGUACGUUAAGUUCGCCGGGAGCGAUUUCAAUCCGUCCAGGUUUGGAUUCGUGGAGUUCACGGAUAAAGCGUCCGCGGAGGCGGCGAAGGCGCUCAGCGGAACGAUGCUCGCGGAGAUGACGUUGAAGGUGAAACACUCGAACAACCCGAUCAUCAAAGAUAAGCUGAAGAACGUGUGGGGCACCGCGGGCGCGGACCGCAGACGCGAGCGGAAGCGAACGAAGAGGGCGCGCGAGAAGAGACGCCGGGCGCGGGAUCCGUCGCCGAGCUCCUCCAGUUCUUCCUUCAGCUCGAGCGACUCGUCGUCGUCGUCGUCGUCCACGGGGAGCGAGACGCGAAGGCGGAGGAAGAAACGGAAGGAAGAGCGCGACGCGAAGAGAAACUCCGCGAGGAAGGAGGCGAAGAGGGAGAAGGUUGAGGGGCCCGGCGAGGAGGACGCGGGCGGCGGCGGCGGCGGCGCGGGGAAGGACGAGAAGGAGGGGCGCGGCGAAAUAGAGGGAAAGGAAAAAGACCUCGACGCGAACAAGCGGACGGACGGGGACGGCGACGAAAAGAAGUCCUCAUCCCGGAAGAGGAAGGACCGGAAAGACCGGAACAGUCACCGGAGGGACCGGAAAGAAGACCGGAACGAUCGGAAGGAUCGGAAAAAAGACCGGCGGGACGAGAAGAGAGGCGAGAAGGAUGAGAAGGACGACGACGGUAAAGAUACGCGAAGGAAGUCGUCUCGCGGGUCUUCGCGCGGGGAAAGGGCGGAGGAGAAAAAGAAAGCAGAGGACGGCGGCGGCGGCGGCGGGGAUGAAUAAGUUAUGUAGACGACUCGUGUCGCGACGACGAUCGACCGACGCGUCAGAAGACGUAACGUAACACACUCUUCACGG